UGAGUGUCCUUACCUGAGGUGGCCGUGUCCCCCCAGAACCCGGAGGCACAACCGAUCCGGACAGGUGUGGUCCCGGAGCUCGUGUAACACCUGGGGCUGGGUUUAUGCUCAGGUGUCGUACUCCUCCCUGUCGAAGUCGCGGAGCUGCCGCAGACGAACUCCGAGUUUAACGGCGACCUGACGAACAUCUCCGCGUUCCUGACGCGCCGCAACCGCCCGAAGACCGGCGGCGCGUUUCGGAACAAAUGUGUGUAUCUAGACAUCUUUAAAAAGAGUUUAUUUCUUCAUAAAUCCAGAAAAACACGGAGAGGAGACAGAAGUGGGUCUUCUCUGGCAGGUUCAAGGUGCACUGGUCCGUUCAUAAAAAUAGUCCGGGCGGAAACACGUCAGAGAAUGGUUCCGCCCAUCCUCAUUUAUUGAACUUUAACCCAGACUAAAAGUCACUUCUUUAACAUCUACUUUAACCCAGUCUAACUGAAAGUCACUUUUUAGAAAUAGUUUAGUAAAGCUGUUAAAUAAAACGAAUUGAUAAACUAAAACCCGUUUCUUUGCCUUGACAUCUUUUUUUUUUUUUUCAAAUUUAUUUGUCAGAGUUUAUUUAUUUGUAUUUAGGGUCGCGGAAUUCCAGGAGUUUUAAAAGUUGGAAACUUUCAAUGGGAAUUAACGGGAAUAAAUCUAAAAUGUACGAAACUGAAAGUUAAGUUUAGCUUUAUUUGGUUUAGUUAAGUUUGUGUUUUUGUUUUGUAUUGUUUGUGGGUUUUUUGUUUGUUUAGUUUACUUUUUGUUUUGUUGUUUUUGUUUUGUUGUUUUGUUUUUUUUGUUUUUGUUGUUUUUGUUUAGAUUUGUUAUUGGUUUUGUUUGGGUUUUGUUGUUUUUGUUUUGUUUUGUAUUGCUUGUUUUGUUUUGUUGGGAGUUUUUUUUUAGUUGUUAUUGUUUUGGGGUUUUUUGUUUUGUUUUGUUUUGGUUUUUGUUGUUUUGUUUUGAUUUAAUUUGAUUUGUUGUUGUUUUGGGUUUUUUUGUUUAGUUUUGUCAUUGUUUUGUUUUGUGUUGUUUCUGCUUAGUUUUGUUUUGUUUUAAUUUGGUAUUGUUUGGGGUUUUUUUGUUUUGUUUUGAUUUGUUGUUGUUUUGGGGUUUUUUGUUUUGUUUUGUUAUUGUUUUGUUAUUGUUUUGUUUUGUUUUGUGGUUUGAAUGUUGCUCAGUGAUCGAUUAUUAGAACAAUCAGACUUUGAGUGAGGGGGUUAGAUGAUAAAAGAUGCUUCUCCUCCCUGCUCUUUUCCAACCAAUGGAUAAAAAAUGUUUUAAUGUGACAUGAUAUUGUCAAAUGGAGAAAUUUCCUUGGCUGGAAUAAAUAAAGAAUAAAGAGUUUUUUGCUUUUUAUCACUGAGAUUCUUCUUUGUACUUCUAAAUCCACUCUCUACUGCAUCUUUACUGACUUAGUGUGACUAACAUCUUAAAUACAGCAUCACAUAGACGUGGUCUGGAGUUACACAGUUUCCUAAAGUUCCCUCUGUCAUAUUUGACUCCUUUAAGUCGUCUCCUGUGUUUGUUUCCAUAAAAAAGCGAUUCAUUUAUGUAAAAACCUCAAGAUAAAUCUCAGGUCUGAGCGGUGGAGCAGCUGCAGAGCCAUUAUGCAAAAGUCAUCUCUGUAGUCUCAUGUGGAGUUUUUAAUACCAUGUCAUUUGUGUUUGUCUGUGAGUGUGUGUUUGUGGUUUCUGGUCCAGUUGAAGUGUUUGUAGAGAGGAAACCUGUCCGCAAAGCUCUCCGAGGACACAGACAGGUGAGUGACAGCUUUAAAAUACUUACAUUCAGUUUAUCAAAUCUGUGACACAGAGUUUGUAUUUUUCCCUGUGAUGAAGCCUGUUUAUAUCUUAUAACGUCGUAUUAUCGAUUUGUGUCAUAAUAAUGCAAAAAAAAAGCUAUGGACAGGAAAAGUAUGGGACUGAAACUUGAGCCCUGGGGGACGCCAUCGUAGCUGGAUUAAAACCCUCUGUCAUAAACGAUCAUCACACUGUUUAUUCCAAAAUAACAGGAGGAUAUAAUAUUUUUCACAGCCACUCCUCUUCUGUAGUGAACUAAACACAGGAAACAUCCUGGAGAUUAACGCCAUUUAAGCGAGCAAAAUACAGUCAUGCGAUGAACUGAAACGACUCCAUCACAAAAACAAAAGUUCAUUAUAAAUCUCAGAGAUUCUCUCAAAGAUAAACUCGAAUAAAAGUAUUUUUACAGUAAAACACAAACUCAUUUCAAAGUGUUUUAGUGGAGCUCAUUAUACAGGCGGUACUCCUCAAACCUGCUUUGACCAGCAGAGGGCGCUCUGCCACCAUUAAUGCAGUAUUCUCUAAACGAAAAACUUGGAGACAUUGUGAUAAAAUUGUGGAUUUACGGCAAUAUAUUUUGAUGCCAUAUCAAAAAUACCACCAUAAAUUUAGAAAUCACAUGUUUUACUGAGUGACCAGCAGGGGGAGCCAAUGACCCUGUAUGUUAAAGGGGACAUGAUGAGUCCAAGACAGAUCUCCAAUGUGACACUCAGACUAAUCUCAUAAUUCCUUUUUUCGCAGAAUCGGACUUCUCUCCUUGUCCGCGUAUACACACAGUGUUUUUGUUCCGGGGUUACAGGGGUGCGGCGCAUGCGCACAUGCAUUGUCCAAUCAUACUCCGACUACGCUGGUAGAAAAAAUCGAAUUCCAAUCGCAUUAUCUGGGUGUCUUAAUCAGAGUUCUCAAACUCCGAUUACAGUCGGACUAAGGUGUUAAAAAUGACCUUCAGUUAUCUGGUUUUAAUCGGAAUAAGGCAAUAAUUCAGUUUUCUUGAGUGUCGUGUAAUCAUACCGACCGAUGAACCUUCAAACCGGAGAGGAUCAGCUGUCUUUCUGACUUCAUUUCAGUUUUGCAGACAGGAUGAACUCCUCCAACAGCUCCACCCCUCAAAGCUCCCCUGAGGAGACCCCCUGGAACCCCUGUCCCAGGUCUCCACUGGGAGUCCAGGUCUUUUUUGCCAUGGAAGUCGUCAACAUUGUGGUACGUUGACACUUGAAAUUCUCAUUCACGUGGACUCGUUAAGGGUUCAUUGUUUGGACAUUGGUCUGUCCUGAACUACUAAACCCGGUACAGCCAGGUUAGCACCUCUGAACUCCCCCCAGUAGAUCCAGUAAUGGUUAAGUCCAAAGAUGUGGAAAACCAGCCCCCCCUUUGGUUCUCACUGAGCAUCUUUCACCUAUGGACGUCUUACCCAGGAUUUCCACCGCAUCCGGAACAGCGGCAAUUUUCACCAUCUGCCAAUUCCUACCAGAUUCGUUUGUGAGGCGAAUUUUGAUUACGGACAGCAGGAAUCGCGAGAACUCACAAGAACCUGCGGAUUCACGUGCAAUCGCGCGAUAACGAGUCGUCUCUAUAAAGACAGACACAUAGACAUAUAAGCAGUAGAUUGUGUCCUUCCAGAGGAGGAAAUCUACUUCUAGACUUCUAGAAUCAGCAUCUCCUCAUCCAUGGUGUCAUCGGGGUGAAAUGACGUCUAAAAACCUUUCACUUGUUCGUCUCCGCCCGUUUGCAUGGUGUGAAAUACGAUCCUCCUGAAACACGGAGUGUUUUAUUUUGAAAAGAAGCCGGAUGUUUUAUUUUGUGUCUGUGCCCGACUUCCUUUCCAGCACGGGUUAAUCUGUGCUGAAUUUAUCCGCCAUGCUCCGGCGUCCAGAAAAAAUAGAAGUCUUGUGAUCAGCUGAGGAGUCCGGUGAUCCGCAGAGGAACGGAAAGAAGUCGGUGUAAAUUGACACGUUAACUUGAAUGGUUACGAUCAGCUGCGAUCGGCAGAAAAGGCCUUUUCGUAGCCAUUCCGGAUGCGGUGGAAAUUGGGGGUAACUGUGUCUUUGGUCCUUGGUUUACAUCAGAGGUUGAAAUCAGCUGACGGUCCUGUUCUAACCUUUGACCUUUGACCUCUAGUUUGGUCUGCCCAUGAAUGCCAGGACAGUCUGGUUGAUCGGCCUCAGCUCUCACGCCGUCCAAGCUUCGGAGGUAAACACUGACUCUGACAGGUUACAUGUGGAAAACUCAGGUGGGGAUUUGUAGUUCUUCAGACUUGGAAACGGUGUGAACUCUGACCUUUAGAUCCGGUCCAUCCAGGUGGAACCAUCAGGAUGUGACACAGAGUAGGUUCUGAAGAUGUUGCAGACGGUCAUAUUCCUCUCAUUUCUCAGGUGUUCACUCUGAACAUGGCUCUGCUGGAGUGUGUCUACAUCUCCUUUUCUUUCCUGCGACCUCUCAACUAUUACUCCAUCAACAGCGCCUCUCUGUUCGCCGUCAACCUCUUCUUCCAUGGUCUGUUAAACGCAGGUGAAAUGCCCUCCUCUUUUUCUCUAUCUCCACCUGAAGUUUGGAGGUUUGAGCUCAUCCACCUGUCGAUGUCCGUCAGUGUGAAAACAGUCGAAUUCUCCUCCACAGGUCGUCCUCUGUUCCAGGCGUGUGUCUGCGUGGAGAGAUACGUGGGCGUGGUUCACCCUGUGAUCUAUCUGAGGUCUGAGAAACCACGAACUCCUGUUCACUGACCUGAUUACCGCUGAUCUGUUAACAGUGUUUGAACCCCCGCCCUCUCAUAUGUCUAUCAGAUAUAACUGUGUGAGGACCCGUCUCUUGGCGCUCCCUCUGGUUUGGGGUCUGAUGUUGGUCUUCUGUGUUUGUAACGUCCAAAAGUUGGACUACGCCUUCCCGAUCCUCAUCCUGCUGGUGUUGCUCCUCCAGGGUUUCUGCUGCAUCAGGAUCUUGCAGGUCAGAGAAACGGUUUCGAUGAUAUGAUCUAUCGCCGUAUCACAUAUGAUAUUUAAAUUUGGAUGUGACCUGGUUUUCCUUUGACACCCUGCAGGUCCUGCGUCAGCCCAGUCCAGGCAAAGAGCAGGUCGAUCCAACCAAGAAGAGGGCUUUCAUCACAGUCCUGGUCCUCCAGGUAGAUCCACAGAUAUGUGUGUGAGAUGUCAUCGUGAUGAAGUUGAGGUGAUUGAAGGUGUGUUGUGUUUCAGGUCAUGAUGGUGCUGAACUACCUCCCCAUGGUGCUGACAGUGCCGCUGCGAGGCCAGAUAUCCCGCCAUGCUUACAUGUGUCAGCUGAUCCCCGCCUCGCUGUCCUUCUCCGUCUUCGGCAGCUUCAUCCAGCCUCUCAUGUACCUGAUGAGGAGGGGGACUCUACGCUGUGGGGUCCAGUGCUGACCGUCCAUGUCAACAUCUCAAAGAUGAUUCGUCCAGGCGUGAUUACAUCAUUGUCAGACUGUGUCACAGGAAAUGAUUAAUGGGCUAUUAAAAUUAAAAAA